AUGCGCCACGAGGCCAUGCCUUCAGAUCUCUCGAUUCUCAGCGCUGAACAGUACCUCGACGGGCCCUUCUCUGGCAGGACCAGCAGGGCGAAGAAGCCGUCCACUUCAAAGCCAGAGACUGCUCCACGGAAGAGGGCCAAGGUAUCUCCCCCGACCGCCGAAACAGAAUCGGCUGAGGAUGGGGACGACGACGGUGCGAAGAGGGCAAGAGGCAGGCCCAGGAUCGAUACAAAGGACCAGACAGCUGCGGAGCGCCGACGGACACAAAUACGCCUAGCACAGCGAGCUUAUAGGAGUCGCAAGGAAAAUGCCAUCCAGACCCUCGAGAGGCGUGUCGAAGAGCUUCAGGGGAACAACGAGGAGCUGAGCCACAUUUUCCUCAAGCUCCACGACUCCGCCGUGAACCUUGGGGUGCUGGAGCAAUCCCCGAGGUUUGCUAAUGAGCUUCGUACGGCCACUGAGAAGAUACUUUCGCUCGCAAGAAGAUCCAGUGAAGAUGGCGGGCAGGACGAGCAAACCGAGGGCUCUGCACCGGAGCCACCUCCCCGCGGAAGCCAGACAGAAGACUCGAGCUCGUCAGAUGUGCCCAUAGUACAAACUGCACGCAACUCGACCGUCCCGCUCUGGGGAGGCUACAUGGUCGCCCACGAGGCCGAGACGACGGCACCAGAUGUAUCCAUGGCCUUGCCUUCCAACACCAUCAUGUCGGUGCCGCAGACGCCCCUCGGCUACGAGAUUGUGACUAUGCCGACCUUCGAGAACGCCAGCUUCCCCUUUGACCUGAAUCCAGAAUCGUCUUACCCGAACAUGCUCGAACAGGCCUCUACAGCCUCGCCAGCCUACCCGAUCUCCCCUUACUCCUCGCUUCCACUCCCCCAGUCGAUGGCCUUCGAAGAGUCAACCUUCGGCCGGCGUCUGCAAAGGAUUUGCUUGGAACUCGCAUACCGGCUUCUCACCAUGCCAGACCCGCCCAAGCAAGCAUACGCUUCAACGUUCGGCUUCUGCCUGCUCUUCGAGCCCGCUGAAAAGAUCCGCGAGCGCCUCGCCCAAUGUCUCCAGCGGACGUCCUCCGAGUCCCUCAACUGGUGGCAGGCCCCCUUCUGGGCGGCCGGUGGUUCUGGCCAGCACCAGCUUCAGCAGGGCACCAGCGCCAGCGCCGGCGCCAGCAAUGAGGCCCGCGUGGGCAACCAGGGCACGGUUGAUCAGAUGAAGUACCAAUACCCAGGGGGGCAGUUCGGCCUGGGACCAUUCGACGCGAAGGUCAGCGAGACCCGUGACAAGAGGAUUGACCCUCGCAUGAGGAUCCGGCUGCCGGGCUUCGAAGGCGACUUCUACGACCCGGAGGAGGUCGAGGUGUACCUGCAGGCUCGCGGCGUCGUGAUACACCCCGGUCAGGACUACCUGACAACCGAGGUCGACGUGGCGUCAUUCAAGAACGGCGCGGCAGCGGGACAGGACAGUCAGGGUCAAGGACAGGAGCAGGCCGCGGGACGGUUUGAGGAUUGGUCGCGGACGCUGGAUGAGGCUUUUGACAAUCCUGCACCCAGCGGCUCCUCGCCCAAUGGCAGCCAGGCAGUGACUUCGGCCUCAACUUCGUCGACGACUGUCGGGAUGGACACGGGCACAUGGCCGAUCGAUACUUUCACCGAGAUGUUCAGCCGUGCUACAGCUGGGCAUGGAAUGUCGGGGCUCGGUAGCGGCAGUGGGACGCCAACUGAUGGCGGGAAGAAAUUAAUUACAUUGGACGUCAAUGUCUUCUUAUCAGAACUCGCCAGACGUGGCACCUGUCUCGGACGGUCCCCCGGGUUUCGGCCCUCAGCUGUCGACGCAGCAUUUUGGACGGCAACAAAGACUGGUGCAGAACUUGGGUUUUAG